GGUCUUGGGCAAUUCGGAAUUCAUCAACAAUAUCACUCAAAUGUGGGAGAAUAUGCGAUUUAGGUGCAGCUGUAGUAGUUUUCAAACCACUAUCCUACCACUUUUUAUGACGAAUCGUACAUUCUACAUACCUAGGAUACUAUGUAGCACCGAAAUUCCGUAUCCUCACUUAUCGUUAUAUUUUAUCUACUUUUUCUACAGAUUCAAACCAUAUGCACCAUGAGACACAUGUCCAUAAUUCACCCGCGCCGCAUGAUGUUACUCCAAAAUCACGACCCCAAAACAGAUCAGCCAGAACCACCACAAACUCUAGCAAUCGGAAAGAGAGAACAGCUUUCACAAAGUCCCAGGUCAAAGCCCUGGAAGCGGAAUUCGUCCACUCGAACUAUCUCACCCGGCUGAGAAGGUACGAAAUCGCCGUCGCCCUGCACCUAAGCGAACGACAGGUCAAAGUCUGGUUCCAGAACCGCCGGAUGAAGUGGAAACGUAUCAAAACAGGAGCUUCGGUCAUCGCCACCCCGAAGGAAAAACAAUCCGUUUAAAUAGUACUUUUCGUAUUCUUUAAGAACAAAAAAAUAAUGUUAUUUAUUAAACUUACGGCUACUUCUUCUUUGUCUUUUUCUUAUUGAUAUCCUUCGCUUGGGUCUUCUUCACGCUGGGAUCUUUCAGCAGUGCCUUCGCGGCAUUUUUGACGGGGCUGGUGGCUUUCUUCUGUUCCUUCGGUUUUCCCUUUUUGCCCGUCGUUU